AGGAAGGCUCGCUGCCCUCCCUCGGUGGAGGAAGGACGGGCUCCGAGAUGGCGGCGCCGGAGGAGCGGCUCGUGUCGGACGGGGAAGGCGGCGCCCUGGGCUCGGCGCGGCUCUCCCCGCCCCCGGUCCCGGAGUCUCCCGAGGCUCUGGCGCCUUUGGAGCCGCCGCCCCAGAGCAACACGCUCAUGGGGCUGCCCAUCGUGGCGAUCGAGAACAUCCUCAGCUUCCUGUCCUACGAUGAGACGAGCCAGCUGCGCCUGGUUUGUAAGCGAAUGGACUUGGUUUGCCAGCGAAUGUUGAAUCAGGGAUUUCUGAAGGUGGAAAGAUACCACAACUUGUGUCAAAAGCAAGUUAAAGCUCAGCUUCCAAGACGGGAGUCAGAAAGAAGAAACCAUUCAUUAGCUCGUCAUGCCGACAUCCUUGCUGCUGUAGAAACCAGACUCUCUCUGUUAAAUAUGACUUUCAUGAAAUAUGUGGAUUCCAAUCUCUGUUGCUUCAUACCUGGAAAGGUAAUAGAUGAAAUUUAUCGUGUGCUAAGGUAUGUAAACUCUACAAGAGCUCCUCAGAGAGCUCAUGAAGUUCUUCAAGAACUAAGGGACAUUUCCUCCAUGGCUAUGGAAUAUUUUGAUGAGAAGAUUGUUCCAAUACUGAAAAGAAAGAUGCCUGGGUCAGAUGUAUCGGGACGUCUGAUAGGAACUGCCCCAGUUCCAGGACCUUCUGCAGCACUGACAUCAAUGCAGCUGUUCUCCAAGCAGAACCCUUCAAAACAGGAAGUCACCAAACUCCAUCAGCAAGUAAAAGCAAAUGGCACAGGCGUGACAGCGCUAAAGCGGGAGAUGUCAGAGGUUCGCACCAAAGUGCAAGAGCUACAGAAACAAUUCCAAGACCAAGAGCAGAAACUGCUUGAGCAAACCCAAAUCAUAGGUGAACAGAAUGCCCGAUUGGCUGAGAUUGAACGCAAGCUGCGAGAGGUGAUGGAGAGUACAGUAGGAAAUUCUUCAGGUUCUGGCUCAAAUGAACAGUCUCAUAGAAAACGGAGGAAGGCGGUUGAAUCCACAGACUGUCCUAGGAAAUCUAAACGCCUUCGAAACAGAAAAUAACUUGGGAGUUCAUGACAUCUUCAGGAGGAUACACUGCUUUAGUAGCCCAAGCAGGUCUGCUUGUUUGGAUACUGUGACUAGCUUCAUGGUAUCACUUAGGCUGCUGGCUCUUCAAAACACCACUUAGACUUGAACAGUAAUUUUCCUUCAUUGAGACUUUUUCCCUGCUUUCUGUAUGGGUGGGCCUAAUGCACAGAAUCCUUAUGAUUUGCAAUAGUUACAUACUAACCAGACCUGCUCUGUUAUGUUUUGAAGGGUUAAUCUUUUUUUUCUGUGCAGAUGUGUUUAAAGUAAACUUAUUUGUGUUUAUGCAUAUGUUCACAUAAAAUCUUAAAUAAAUUCAGUCUUAACUAAGAAGUUAAGUGUAAAAACAGAUGUCCUGUUCACUUGAAGGAAAGAUCCACUUUUAAAAUCUUGUUUUAGAGAACUUGACCUUUUUUGUUACAAGUGACCUUGUCUGGAAUGUCUGAAAAGUAGUUAAUACUUUUUGGAGAUCUCUGUAAUGAGUAAAACUGACUUCUUAAGCUACAGUAUUGGCUAUAUAUUUUUGUAAACUUACAAGGAAGGGCCUUCUAUCCAGUCUUUUCAUGCACACACCCUGGUUCUAGGUCUUGGGAGCCAUAUUCUGCAUUUGCAUGGAUAGAUGCAUGUACAGCUUAGUCAGCCCACUAAAAGCACUUGCCUGAAAUUGUUCUUAUCUUUGGGAGUGAGCACAAAGACCUACAAAGCAAUUUCUUUGUUCCUCAGCCAUAACUUAGGACCUGCUUUCAGCACAACCACUUUCUUACAGUGAGGUGGUCUCACAUCGCUAGCUGCAGGAGAGUUGGAACCCAGGCUGUCUGCCACUUUCGCUGCCUGUAAAUUGCAGGUACUGUUAGCCAAAGCUGGAGAAUUGAGAAGCGACCUAUGCAUCACUUGAUUCAUAGGCCAACAUCUAAUAAGUAUCAGACAAACUGUCCCUACAGUAAGCAAGCUCAGGGGGACAUCAUUUGAAUGAAAUACUGUAUUAUGGACAAACUUAAACUAUUUUGUGUGUAUGUGUCGGGGGUGGGGUGGAAAUUUCUCUUUGACACUGAUGACGAUACUCUAAGCUUUCCUUAUCCUAAAAGGUAAAUCAUUUCAGACAAAGCUUUAAUUUCUUUUGCACUUCUGUUUUGAGCUUGUAACUGGAAAAGCAUGUCUUGCACUGUUCAGUCUCUCUGGUCACUUUAACAACCUCAGAGUUGUGUACAGUGAUUUUCCCCACCCCCCAUCUGUAUAUUUUUGGAACCUUAUACAAAUACCAUUGUCCUUAGUUUUGUUUUAAUGUACUAAAGUAUGUAGCUUUA